UUUAAAAAAAACACGUGGAGCAGCUGAACCGAACCAGCACCGUGUCUGCGUGGGUCCGCGUUUCCGGGUCAGUCCCGUGUUAACCGCCCGGUGCGAGUUAGCAGGUUAGCUCCGGUGUUAGAACCCGGAGCUAACGAGGGUUUAACUUCACUGUAACGAGAAGAAGUCAUCAGGAGUAACGACCGCGGACAUUCUACCCCCUUAAAGGAAACGUCAGCAACAACGAGGACGCUAACCCGGGUUAGUUUCUGCCUCCUGACCCGGAGAUGCAGUGUCCGUCCAGGUCACAGAAACACAACUAGGCUCACAUGGGAUCUCACUGACACAGGAGAGCCUGUUUUUUAAAAAUCACUACAAGUCGACAUGUCUCAUCGAGGGUCUUUAACUGCCGUCGUAACCACAGUGCUCGGGGCGACCUUGGGAGGGCUGCUCAUAUGGCGAGUUUACCGAACGAAGAGGAAGAGGCUGCCUUCCGUCCAGAAGGCGGCCGAUCCCGUGGAGGCUCCUCCUCCGUUGGAAGCGGAGGUCGCCGCCGCCAAGUGUCGAUGCAUCCAACCGCAGGCCACCGGGGAGAAGGAGUUCAAGGCUGUGGAGUGUCAGACCACACAACUGCCGCCUCCUGUGCGGAUCCCGUCAGAAGACCUGCUGGGGGUGAAACCAGUAAUGGUGAGCUCUGAAGAGGAAUGGCAGCAGCUGUGGCCGCUGAUGCAGAAGGAGCUGUCGGUGUUCCCCGUUCUCGGGCUCGACUGUGAAUGGGUAAAGACCAAAGGCGUCUCUGUGAAGGGCCACACCUCGGCGGUCUCCCUGUUGCAGAUGGCCUCGUAUUCAGGUCUGUGCGUCCUGGUGAGGCUGCUGCCGUUCCGCAGCAGUCAGCAGAACUUCCCUCUCAGCUUCAUGGAAGUCCUCAGAGACCCCCACAUAUUGAAGGUUGGCGUUGGUUGCUAUGAAGAUGGCAAACGUCUGACGCGCGACUACGGUCUGUCCGUGACGUGCACGGUCGACCUGCGCUACCUGGCCUUGAGACAGAGACAAGCAGUGACUAAUGGACUCAGUCUGAAGUCCCUGGCAGCAGAUCUGUUGAACGUUUCUCUGGAUAAAUCUCUGGAGCUGCGCUGCAGUGACUGGGAGGCAGAUCAACUGACGCUGGAGCAGAUGACUUAUGCUGCCAGAGAUGCUCAAGUUUCCAUCGCCCUCUUCCUCCAUCUCCUCGGCCUCCACUCUGAAGCCAGACCCGACUCUACCAGCGGGAGCUCCUACUCCGAGUUGGCGUCCCGCUGCCAGGGCCUGGUGGACGUGCCCUUCAGGGGCCGAGGAGACGGCGACGACAGGGCGGCAGAUAAAGAGAAGAGGCGGCGGACGCGGAAACCUCCCACUUAUGAAAGCCCAGAGUCUGGAGAUCAGCAAGUCCCAGACCCUCGACGGAACAACAAGAGGAAACCGCUGGGUGUGGGAUAUUCUGCCAGGAAGUCUCCUCUCUAUGAUAACUGCUUCCUCUACGCUCCCGACGGUCAGCCUCUGUGUACCUGCGACAAGAAGAAAGCCAAGUGGUACCUGGACAAAGGAAUAGGAGUGCUUCAGAGCGAAGAUCCUUUUGUGGUGAAGCUGCUGUUUGAGCCGUCGGGACGUCCUGACUCCCAGCAGGACUACUAUCUGACCGCCAAGGAGAAUCUGUGCGUCGUCUGUGGAAAAGCUGAUUCCUACAUCAGGAAAAACAUCGUACCACACGAGUACAGGCGACAUUUUCCCACCGAGAUGAAGGACCACAACUCCCACGACAUCCUGCUGCUCUGCACCAGCUGCCACGCCGCUUCCAACGUGCACGACGGCUUCCUGAAGCAGCAGCUGGCUGAAGAGUUUGCCGCCCCUCAGGGCUGCGAGGAGGGAGUUCGCCUGCUGGAGGAUUCAGACCGACGGCGGGUGCGGUCGGCCGCUCGGGCUCUGCUCACCGCCGGAGACGGGCUGCCGGAGCAGCGGCGAGACGAGCUGCAGGUUCUGAUCAGGGGCUUCCUCAACAUGAACGAGAGGCAGGAGCUGAGCGACGAGGCGCUGCAGCACGCUGCCAGUUUGGAGACGAGGAUCUUCAACGAGGCGUACGUGCCUCACGGCCUGAAGCUGGUGCAGGCGCACGCGGGGCUGGGCCUGCAGGGCCUGAUGGACCUGGAGCGUCGCUGGAGGCAGCACUUCCUCAGCAGCAUGCAGCCCCGCCACCUCCCCCCCCUCUGGUCCGUCGACCACAACCACAGCAAGUUCCUCCGCAAAUACGGAGAGGACCUGCCCAUCAAACUCAACUGACGGUCGGACGCUGCCCAGCGGCCGCGGCACCGGGACGGGGAACUCGUUCUUUUUCUCAUCUGCUGGUCAAAGUGGUCGGAUGGUUUUGAAGCUUCCGCAGCCACUUUGUGAAUCUUACAAGCCAAAGAGCUUCUUGAGUGAGCGGAGGGAUGACGUGGUUUUCCAGCCGGGACCGAACCGCUACCAGCACGUGGCGUCUGUCCACCUGUUCCGAGUGUGUGAGUGAAUACACCCGACCUGUGGUGGACGCUGGAGGACUUGGAGUUUACCUGAGAACCAGAUGUGGAGCCUGAAUGAACUCGAGCAGAGAAUCCAGCUCCGAACCUGACAAACACUAACUGCACCACGUCGUGUAACUGCAUACGGACACUUUUUUUAUCAUAAAAGAUGUAUAAUGAUUAUUUAUGAACAGAUUAAGAUAUUGAAAUUUCUGAAGAGAUUUUUAGAAGAAGCUGCUUCCUGCUCUUUACUUUCCCCAUGAAUGUAACUACUGCCCCCCCCCCCUGCAGGUUAGCAGCUUAUAACCUCAAUCAGCCUAUGAUUCUUUGCUUUGUAGAGAGAGGGUCAGUUUAAAUACGACCUUACGUGAUGUGCUGCACCCUGCUGCUGUUUCAGUCUGUUGUCUGUUUUAAGUCGAUGGAUGAAGGAUGAAGUUUCACGGAGGCAACUUGAAAUCACGUGGAUCAUUUAAACUUGUGAUGUUUUGUGCUCCUGCUGCUGAUUCUCCUGAAGGUCGGGGGCGACCCCAUGGGUCAUGUUUUAAUGAGCCUCUUAAUCCCCGAACCUGAACCCUGAAUCUACAGCAGUUUCACCCCCGUCCCCCGACGUCAUUUUCCAGAAUCCAAAACUUUACCGUGAAGAAAAGGUGAAAGCACUGAUGUUAUUAAAAAUGACCCUAAACCCCAGUUUUUGAGUCUAAUACAUAAAAUUUCCAUGUGAUUCAUGAAAACAGCUGCUUUGUCUUAACCUCGAGCCCCGAGGCCGUUUCUGCUUUGUCUAAAUUCUGAAUGUGAGCGAAUAAAUAAAAGUCAUGUUUGUAUAAA